GCCAUACCAAACAGAGAGAUGUCCUCUUUACCGGUUCCACCGGUUCUAUCACUUGUGGGACCGGUAACAUGCCACGUGUACCGCGCCCCUACCCCGAAGGCGCAAGAUAUUUGGCGAGCCGGCGUCUAUAGUCGUAUUUCUUUCCCUCUUGUUUCUGCCUCAAACCCGACUCUUCUUUCUCCCUUUCUCCGGCUAUAUUUCCGGCCAAAGAGCGCCGGAAUCUGACCCACGCAAAAUGGAUGGCGACUACCUCCGUCUAUUUGCCGAGGAGACGAACUUCUACAACGGAAUCGUUCUCGGGAAUCUGUUUCCAGAGAAUCUGUGGAAGCCUCUUCCACAUGUCUUCCAAACCUGGCUUCGCAAUUACAUUGGUGGAAUGAUUCUCUACUUCGUCACUGGUGGCCUUUGGUGCUUCUACAUUUACUACUGGAAAAGACACAUCUACCUUCCAAAAGAUUCUGUACCUUCAAAUGAAUCCAUACUUCUACAAAUAAUGGUCACGAUGAAAGCCAUGCCAUGGUACACUGUUCUUCCAACUGUUUCAGAGUACAUGGUUGAGAACGGCUGGACAAGGUGCUUCUCAAGCAUAAGUGAAAUUGGAUGGCCGGCCUACCUUGUUUAUCUGAUUGUUUACCUUGUGAUUGUUGAGUUUGGGAUUUACUGGAUGCACCGAGAAUUGCAUGACAUAAAGCCCUUAUACAAGCAUCUUCAUGCUACUCAUCACAUCUACAACAAGCAGAAUACACUUUCUCCAUUUGCCGGGUUGGCAUUCCAUCCACUGGACGGGAUACUACAAGCAUUACCCCACGUGAUAGCACUCUUCCUCGUCCCCACCCAUUUCAUGACCCACAUAAUACUUCUGUUCUUGGAGGGCAUUUGGACAACCAAUAUCCACGACUGCAUCCAUGGUAAGGUGUGGCCCGUCAUGGGUGCUGGCUAUCACACGAUCCACCACACCACCUACCGCCACAACUACGGCCAUUACACUAUUUGGAUGGAUUGGAUGUUCGGAACUCUUCGUGACCCCGAAGUGGAACCCAAGAAGGCAUCAUGAAGCACUUGCAGGGUCAAUUCUAUAGCUAGAAGUAGACAUUUUUCUUAUUGGUGAGAACGUGGCCUAUUCGAGGUCUGGCCAAUGGAUGAUCCUAGCUGCUGGUUGGGGGACUGUUGGCUAUUGAAUGUGGACCAUUGGUGGGACUUUUCUCUUGCUGUCCAUUUGUAAUUCUCAUAAGUCCUUCAAUUGGUGGCUAGGAUGGUCUAAUUGGCAUGGCUUUUGGGGUAAAGCCCAUGCAUUGUAAGGGCUAUCUCAGAUGAAUGGUUGAGAUCUAGCUCAUGCAUACAACGCUAGAGUGCUUGAUAAUUCAGAUAUAUGGGGCAACCGACCAUCCUUUCCUGUUGUCAUCUUCUUUUGUUUUGUUUUGGGUUUUAUUAUUAUUGCUGUUGUUUUCUUGCUCUUCCUCUCUUCUUUUUUGUCAUGUUGGGAAGAUUGUUCUUGAGGUUCGUCUUGUAGCAUGUAAAUCAUGUUGAUUUAAAUCAUGGCCUUCUCUAUGCUUUCAAGAGA